AUGGGUGCUUUACAGGUGAAACCUAGAAAAACUGAAAAACUUGAAGGAAUAGCCUCACCAAAACCAUCACCCCGAAAAGUUGAUGAGAGUUUUAUCAACAAGCCGGUGAGAACCAUGCCGCAGAUUUAAAAAAUGAAUAAUAGAAUUUCCAGCAGAAGGUUACGGAAAAUACGACUCCACGGAUUAGUUCAAGAAACCCGCCAGAUCUAAUUUCUGAAGAAAAUGAAAAAGGGAAAAAGAGCCCAACUAUUGAAAAUAGCGAUGAAAAGAAGAAAAAACCAAAGAAACCCAAAAUUUCGUCGCGAGAAUCGAAAGCUGAACGACAAUCAAAAUCUCUUCCAAUAGCUAGAUGUCCGGUGCGCGGAGAAUCGAAUAAAGAAUAUCAAUCUGAUAGAGAAUUGAUGGAGAAUGGUGUGAAAUCACCACCAACUCCAAAUGAUUUGGUGAGUUUUACGAGGGGUUUUCUAAGCCAUCUCUAUUCUUGCAAUCAGCAAACCAUGCCACAGACUGAAAAAAAAGCAUGAAAUAAUUCAUAAAUCUCUAGGCUAAAAGGAAACCUCUACACGGUGAUUCAAUGAAAGCUCAACGCCCUCGUCGUCAAAAACAUAAUCGAAAGCCAAACAACCACCAUCUUCCAUCAAGAUUCAAUGAAUAUCAAAGAGUAAGUUAGGGAUUAGAAAAUCAAGCGGAGAUUUAGUCAUCUAUGAAAAUCAGCUAUUUCCAGCCAGCUGUGGUUACUUGUGAUCCACAUGCUGAUGAAAUAAUCAUUUCGGAGAAUUUGGAUGCGACAUUCAAGUAUGGUGAUAUGAUAUCAGAAAUUACACAAUCUGAUAGAUCACAAGAAUAG